AAUGGGUACGUGUGACAGGGAGAGGGAGCCACACAAAGAGAGUAGGGCAGAAGUGAAGAGGCGUCAGAAGGGGAAGAGGAAAAAAGCCAGAAGGAGACUUGUUUGAGGACUACUGUUUGACAUAGGAGAAGGCACCACAGAUUUUUCCAGGAGGUCUAAGCUUGAUCUUGAAACGAAAAGAAGAAAUGAAGGACUUAGUGCAGUCAGUAGAACUAGGUGUCUCUCAGCGGAAAAGAGUCAACGUAACACAACCCAGAGUUUGGCUGAAGAAUGAAAUUGUUCGGGUGGGACUCGCUGAAUGCCUUUGCACAUAUGUCAUGAUGGCGUUUGGCCUGGGGUCGGUGGCUCAGGUCGUGACAGGUCAAGGAGCGUUUGGACAAUACCUCAGCAUCAACUUGGGUUUUGGACUGGGUGUUGCCAUGGGGGUCCAUGUUGGAGGGAAGGUCUCAGGGGCUCAUAUGAAUGCAGCAGUUUCAUUCACAAUGUGCACGUUUGGCCGCCUUGGGUGGAAGAUGCUGCCUCUGUAUGUUUUUGCACAGUUUUUGGGGUCGUUUCUGGCCGCAGCAACAAUUUACGCUGUCUAUUACGAAGCCAUAUUUGACUAUUGUGGAGGAAACCUGACUGUAACAGGAGUUAAGGCCACAGCUGGUAUCUUUGCCACCUAUCCUGCACCAUACCUCUCCUUGAUGGCGGGAUUUGUUGAUCAGGUGUUUGGCACAGCUAUGCUGCUGCUGUGCUUGAUGGCUCUGUCCGACCAGAAGAACAAACCAGCUGCGGCGGGAAGCGAGCCUGUCGUAGUGGGUCUCCUGGUGCUGCUCAUUGGCAUUUCUCUGGGCAGCAACAGCGGCUAUGCUAUCAACCCCACCAGAGACAUCGGACCCAGGAUCUUCACUGCCAUAGCAGGCUGGGGGGCUGAUGUGUUCAGGGCUGGAAACGGGUGGUGGUGGGUGCCUAUAGUUGCCCCCCUUAUUGGAGGAGUACUGGGUGCAGGGGUCUACAAGGCCUUGGUGGAACUGCACCACCCUCCCCUCUCUGAGCAAGGUGAGCGGGUGGUGAAGGACAUUGAGGAGGAGACUACCCCUCUGGAGAAACAGGAAAACAUCUUUGCUAAUGAAUGUGUCUGAGACCCCCGACUACAUAGAGCGUACAGGCUGCAAAGCUACGUGGACACCUGUAUGCAGCCGAAACAUUCCAUGAUGAAAACGCACCAGAGACAAAUUGCUCGGAUGGCGGACAGAAGAACUUUCACAAUAAGAGAGAAGGGCUCAAAUAAGGUUAUGAACAUCUCAAGCAGUUUUAAAAUGAUGGGUCUGUUUAAUGGGAUUAAUUUCAACACCAGCCUUGGUUACUCCGUACCAGUGACUGCAACACAUAUAACAUACAUUAUGGGAUAUUUUAAACUGUGAUGCUGACAUGUAGGGCUCCAAUCCAUUAUAGUAACUACAUUCAGGACAGAAGGUUAAAUAUUAAGGUCAUUUUUAUGCAUGGAAGAUGAAAAAACACAUGUCACAGCUGAUAUUUCAUGUUUAUAUUAUUGAGGUAAUAGCAGCUGAUAUAACCUUGGAAGAUAUAACAAUCAAAGGGAGACCACUUACAUGAGCUUUUAAACCACAGUGUAUAUAAAGGAAAGUAAAGAGCCCCCAUACAUUGCACUUAAAUAAGCAUGUAGCUUAAGGAAAAUAAAAUAGGAACAGUGGGGGUCGGCUCCUCACAGCUUGAAAGGGCCUUCGCACAAACGAAGAUAGUAUACACAUUGAACUCUCCAACAAUCCAGUGCACAGCAGCCUAAAGCUAAAACGUGUAAAUGUGUCUUGAUUAACUUUGUAGAAGCUCCAAAGUACUUGAACCAAAAAGUUAAUCCUAGAUGUCUAUUAAGUCUGCACAGCGGUAUAUAUUUGGCAUCAAGAGCCCUAAAUGGAUAAAGCGAGCACAUUUUAUCUCUGAAUUCCUGGAAUACAACCUGCUCACCUCGGUUAAUUGAUACGGAGUCAUCAGAGCAGAUGGCAUUAUACAAGAAAUCACUGGGCCAAAACUCUGGCUCAUUUUUAUCUUUGGGAGAUUUACACAGCACUGGUGAAGCACUGCAGUGAUGCAACAGUCACUGUGAGAAACUUGAUUACCAGACUGAUGGUUUAUUGUCAGAAUUUGAUAAUGCAACAUUUCAUGGUUCACAUUUGCACGCACUCUAAAGUGAUGCAACGUUUGAUACUGUAACGCUGAGGUGUCUGUCGAGUAUGUGCAGAAGUUUCCACUGAGGCUCGGUAUCGCAGCUUUUCAGUGAAUCGUGUGAUCAAUUUCUUUCUGUGGAACAAUGAGUUUAAAAUUGUAGACAUAUCAAGCACUUCUACUGAAUUGAAACCUGCAUAGUAUUGUAUUAAUUUUUUGUGUUUCCUUCAAUUUUUUUGAAUUUUUGACGUAAAAUUAGAGAUGUGUUACUUACCGAAUUUCAUACCUCUUCUAAAAUUGUAUAUAUUAUUGUUGUAUGAUACAUAAAAAAUUUAAAUAUUUACAACAAAGAUGCCUAGUUAUGAUAACUACAGAUAUAAACUGUGUCUUUAUUGAGUAUUGAUGGGUCCUUCUCAUGGGUUACAGCAGUGGUACAGUUUAUCACAACAUGCCCUGAUUAUUUGUCACAUGUCAACAGUGCAUGAUCAUUUUUUAUGAAUUGUCUGAUUUAAGUUACUGGUGAACACUAUCAAACAAGGCUUUGAAUAAUGAAUCUAUCGGUGAUGCACUUGGCUGGUAAACCUCAGUGCUUUAGCAUGCCUCAUUUCUCCAUCACUAACACUUAACUGUGAAAGAUAAACAAAAAAAUAUUAGUCUUAUCACAAUGUUCCAUGUGUUUCGGAAAAAAAUUGCUCUUAUUGUGUGAAAUCUUUAACAUACACAAGGUUAGAAACAUCUUUACACACGCCAGGUUGCCUGCACCAGCUGGAGCCACUUUAGCCUUGUGUUAAGCUGAUAAAAAAUGCUGGUUAUGUAUCUAUGCAGACAUGCAGCAUUCCAAACUUAGUUUGGGACAACAUGCUCCCAUGGAGCGUAGAGAGGCUAACACGCCAAAUCCAGCCAGUGAUGGAAUCGCAGGCUGCUCCUCUAAGCUGUGUUGGUUGUA